AGACCGGGUAAAUCUCCUCAGUCCGAAUUAUAUUUCUUACUCUAUCUCAAGAGUGAACUUUAGUGAGAGAAAAAUUGGAUCCCCUCCUCUAUCCAAUAUCAUCAUAUUUAUAGAGGAGGAUUUGUGACCUUCCCCUGUUCAUCCAUGGACAAAAUAGGAAGCUCGUGGGAAGGCUCUCAGCCCUCUUCCUCUUCCCACUCUGAGUCUUCUUCUCCUCCUGUUACCCCUUUAAUUCGCCGUCCCUCUCACCAAUCUAGCUCCCAGGCCCAGGAAAUAGUUGCCCAGGAGCCUGUUCCUUUGAACCAACUGCCCGGUCGGUUCAAUCCCAAGAUCCUCAGCUGGGACCAGUGGGAAGAACGACUGGGAUCCUUGGGCUUUCUAGCCCUUGAUGUCAGACCGGUGUUCAAAGAGUCCUCUAGGGUUACAAAAAAGGUCCUGGCCGAGUGGGCUGACCGGGUUAUAAAACCUGAAAGGGUUCAUCCGGAGCCCACUAAAGAUCUUGAGGACGCCUGCGAGAAACUUCUCAAGGGUGAUCCUGUGACCAGGAAACCUUAUGCCUAUGGAGGCUGGGUAUUCCGGUUACCUAACCAGGAUGGGGACGUGUUUGCGACCCAUGACGCAGGAGAUGACCGGGCUGAUUCCCCAGAUGGUCAUGCUGAGGCCGGCUCUCCUCAUCCAGACAUGGACUUCAACAGGAUGACCACCAUCAUCGAAGAUGAUGACGAUGAUGUCGAAGUCCUCAACUCUCACCGGUCUCCCAAUCGCAACCCUCCCUCCCCUCCUCAAAACAUUGGAGUUGAAGGGGCCUCAAUUGCUCGGUGCUCUUCUUUUGACGAUCUCAUUCGAGACAAACAGGUGAAGUCACCCUCAGCCCUCCAUUUCUCCGAAGGCGACCGGGUUGAAUCCAAGCCCAAGGAGGCCAGCCAUUCUUCUUCCCGUGCUAAGGGCCAGAAAAGGAAGGGCUCCCAUAAGAGUUCCAAAGGGGGCAAGAAGAAGAAGACCGGGUCGCUUGACUUGGAAGGGGAGUCGGUAGAAGAAGCCUUCCUUGCAUUGACCAGAAGACUCCAAAAGGUUGGAGUCCUAUCUGAAGAGAUUGGCCAGUCACUCAUCGAGCCAACCAACCAGGUCUCCCAACUGAAUCUCCUGCUUGACUCGGCCAAAUCAGAAAUAAAUGACCUGGUCGAGAGGGAGAGAAAGUUAGAAGUAGAGCUGAGGGCUGAGAGGGCUUUGUUGGAGGAGGAGAGGGCCAGAUCUACCCGGUUGGAGGAGGAAGGCAAGAGAAAGGUCGCUGAGCUCGAAGAGGCGUUGGCUCAAGCUGAAGAAACUGCCCGGUCAAAAGAGGAGGCCUUCCCUGAUGAUGCUGCGAUUUGGGCCGCCUGCCAUCACACUGAACGGGGUGGGUUAACCGGGUUUGACCUGGACACACUCGACCCGUAAUAUAAAACACACAACAAGAACACAAACCGCCGAUCUAAUAAUAACUCCGACAAACUUCAUCGCGCCAGGUAAAACAACAAACCUUUUUUCAUUUUUGGAACCCCUAUUGGCCGCAGCCGCCGCGGCCACUUCUCCGCCAUUAGAAUCUAAGCUUGUGCUGCUGCUGCUGCUGCUGAUGAUGAUGAUGAUGAUGAAAUGAACUCCUCUUCCCCUAUUGCAUAUCGAAUCUUCUCCGUUUGUGUUCAAUUCGUGUCCAGAUCCGUGUUCUUCACUGCUGAUUUUUUCCGUUUCGUUCCGGGUUUGGGACUUUGAAUUUUCUGGAAACAAGGAUUCAUCCGGCCGAUUUUCACUGAUGGAUUUGGCGUGGUGAAAAUUGAGGCGGGGGACAUGGACACUGGCUUCUUCUCGCUUAUCUGCUUCAUUCAAUUUGAUGGGCCUUUCUGUUCCACACGGUGUCUAAUUAUCCAUCAACGCAUUAUUUUAUUAUAAUUAAAGCUACCAGUAGGGU